CCCGACAUUGUAGAUCACUGUCAAGUACAUACCUCACUAGAUUCUGAUUAGUCUGACAGCUAAAUGCUUGGAUACGAACCCGCACCUCUAAUGCCAACGGCAGCAGUACCAGGGAUACUCAUUGUAAGCGCAAGUGGCAGAGACGUCGCGUGUGCACUCCCCAACAACUUAUCUGAUGCAAUGGCAUCUGCCAAAGAGCGUUGGAGUAUACCGAAUGAUUUAGUUUUUAGAUUGGGCGUUAAGAAGAAAGACGCACCAGGCUAUCUCGCUAAUACAGCUCAAGGAGAUCUUAUUAUACUAGGUGACGAUGCCGUUUACCAGCUUGUGAAGAUGGGAAAGAGUGUCUUGCGCACUGAAAUACAAGUUUAUGCAUCAAAAGAAGUCAAACCUAAGGAGGAAAAACCACCACCACCGCCUCCUGAGCCCGUACCUAUAAAAAUUACAGUGGAGAAUUCGAAAGGCAAGAUGUUCAGAUUGGACACCAAAGCUCUGCCAGAUAUCAACAUGGACUGGUCACAGAGUCAAGGCGGUCAAUCGAUGGUUGGCAGUUUUCUCGGUCAACUUACUAUUAAGCCACAAACGGACCCAGAAGGCAGAAUAACAUUCAGCGGCAAGGAAAUACCGAAUGAUUUGAACUUCUCCACAUUUACGAACAACAAGAAUGAAAUGAAGACGGUUCAAUUCCGCAAAAGCUCAAGCAAACCGUUUAUACAGAUCUUCUCGCCAAUUGAACAAUUCCUCACACUAGAGUUGUCACUUUCUGGAUCCUGGCAGUGCAAGUCGACUUGGCCGGCAUCUGAAAUCAAGAAAGAAAAAGAGAAACAACUUGUUGGGUUCUUCCUGCGUGUUGGACCAGGUACGACUAUAGAAGAUGUAGUUAGCGGCUGCAAAACAGCGGGCUUGUCGUGGGAGGCAGUUCCGAACGCAGGAUGCCCUCGUCUUUCUCCAGAUGACAAAACACCUUUCGAUCCGGCAAAUCCUGAUCUUGUAGAUUACAACGGGGUUUUGCUUUCUGCUAAAGAUUGUCCAGCUAGGCUAGACAAGAUUCUCGCUGAACAAUUCAAAAUCGACCCACUCGUCAGAACAAACUUUAUGGCAGACAUAACACCACAUUUAUUCAGAUAUCCUAAUAUAGCAUUUAGAUUCCUACCACAAGACUUUUACGAACCCGCCGCCACCCUUGCCAUACGUCCAACGCCAGAGGUAACAGGUAGAAUCUUCCUGCUCUGGCAGGGCGUUACAGAUGCUGACAAAUGGAAAGCCAGCAAAAAGCGCGACAAGAUGCCAAUAAAUUGGGCAGAGAUUGUCGGCUUUAACACAGAAUCGCUCACAAACGACUCUCUGUUCAGAUGCAUAGAGGUAGGAUGGAUGGAAGUUGUUUCAUAAUCUAUAAUCUCUCUUAAUUUUUACGAAUUACGAAAUUGCAAUUGUUAAAUUAUAAUCUUAGCUCCUUACUGUUGUUUUUUGUGAUGAAUCUGUUUUAUUGCCCUAUGCCCUUCGAGUGUAGCUUGUGCUGGAAGAUUUAGGAUCUUACUCAAGGUGUUUAUGUCCUUCAAUGAUGGAAUCUGGUUGUUUUGGUAGAAUCUGUCAAUUUCCUCGCUCUUACGCGGUUGUAAUUGACUAUUAGCGUGUAGUUGACCAAGGUAAUUAGCACCUCUGUGGGCUCUCCAAUGAGACCAUGCGCGCCAGAGAAGGUAAAAGAGAGGCAAAUUCGGCACUAUGGGUAUUAUAGCAACCGGAAACGUGACUGGUGAUAUAGCCAAGUAUAACCACAUUUUUUUACGAUAUUGAUCAGAUCUACUAAUAAAUGAUUCCUUUACUGUGUCCAAGAGUAUUUUAUCGGAUAUCACGGAUUCCGGGUAGAGAAUAUCGAGCUUGUGGGAAGUAUUCACAGCUACACCAUGUGCUGGCUCGAUAUGCUUUAGCGCCCACUCCUCGUAUGGCACUCUAUCCAUGACAGCCUCUCCGCCGUUCCAAAUCCGCUUCUUCCAGUGUCCUUCCGGAGACUCGCUGAGUUUGUUCCAUUGUCUAUCGCUCCAAUUGACGGCUUUUGUCAUUAAAUUUGCCUCAACGGCAGUCUUAGGUGGUAGGGUCAAUAGCGUGAUAGGUGGAGUCUGCCUAUAUGCUUUGAGUGGCAGUGCAAUCAGCUUCAAC